AUGAUUUCGACUUUGUUACUUGUUAUUGGUAUUCUUGUGGCCGCGUCUUGUACUAUCUCGGCGCAACAGUACCCUAUUGUUGGAGUGAGAUCCGGUAUCAAUAUGCGGACUGGAGAAAUGCCAAUAAGGAGGAACAUCAACACCAUACACGAAGAAGCCGGACCGCAAUGGGACUUAUACGUUGGAGCCCUCACGGCUAUGCAGGAUGCGAACGAAACCGAUCCCAUAUCGUAUUUUCAAGUCGCUGGCAUUCAUGGGCAGCCGUAUAUGGCCUGGUCAGGAGGAGGACCACAGACUGGGGCGGAUGCUGGAUACUGUCCACAUAACCAAGGACUGUUUGGUACUUGGCAUCGCGGAUAUCUCUCGCUUUACGAGCAAGUACUGGUCCGCUACGCCAAGCGCAUUGCGCUUUCUUACCCGGAGUCUCAUAAAGGAGCGUACGUUGAAGCUGCAGAGAGUUUGCGCGUUGCGUUCUGGGACUGGGCCGCGGACUCUCAGGUCCCGCCUGUGACGGCAAUGCCGAAUGUUAUCGUCAAGAGGCCUGUGGGCGGCGCCUUGCAGCCACUCGCGGUGCGCAACCCGUUCUACCGUUUUACUUAUCCGAAAACAGCUCUCGAUGGAAAAUUCGGUAGCUUUGAUGGAAAGAAUCACACGAAGCGGUGUGUUGGAGACGGCGAAAGCUAUCCCUAUACGGCGAACGCGAGGCUCCUGGGUUACGGCUUGAAGGAAAAGGUGUACAAUGUCUUCUUGAAGGCAACCUCCUUCGAUGAGAUGGUCACUGCCCAGAAUGAAGGCGCCAACUUUGAAGGACCUCAUGGAGAAGUCCAUGUCGGGGCCGCCUGCGGCCAGGAUCUCCUCCAUCUAUCAACCUCGGCAUUCGAACCACUGUUCUGGCUUCAUCAUGCCAAUGUAGAUCGCCUCAUUGCCUUCUGGCAAGCUCUUCACUUCGAUAAUGCUACAAUGCAUUUCUCCUAUGCCUCAUCCCAGAUGUUCGCCACGCCAUCCGGCACCACCAUUAACCCGCAGUACCCCUUGUGGCCCUUUACUGGGACGGGCGGUGGUCCACUUACCAGUGAAUCGGUCACGCACGUCCGUGACUGGGGGUACACGUAUGCACCGAUGAGGUUCUGGGAUCAGACACCAGGAGACGUUAAGAUGGCGGUCAGCAGGACGGUAAACAGCAUCUACGGUCCUCAGGAGCAGCAAUCUUCUUCCAUGAGGGUCAGGCGGCGCAAGAUGGUCCCGAUAAGGCAGUAUGUCGCCAAAGUCGAAGUUGAGAGAAACGAGCUGGACUUACCUUGCCAAGUGCAGCUUUUCUUAAAAGGCUCGAUGGCGGGCUCUUUGACGUUACUGGAUAUGCCCAGGCAGGGGAAAAGUUAUGAUGAGAUUCCUCUGAAUCGAGGUAUCGACGCUGCUGGCCUGCGUGGUCUUUCGAUAAGCGGGGUUCUUGGAGGGAUUGCGGAUGGGUUGGAAGUGGUCAUCGACAAGUUGGAUGGCACAACUACGCCGCUGGAACGUGUCCCAAGUUUGAAGCUUGAAGUUGAAGACCAAGAGAUCGUUCCAUCGGACUCUGCGGACCAACUUCCGACGCUGGGCACCAGGCGGAGUCGGCCCGCAAUGCUACGACCUCUGUCAGUUGACAACUAG